UCUCUUGCUUCCCCCACAAAGAAAGAUGAUCAAAGAGGAGCACGAGGUGGCCAUGCUGGGGGCGCCCCAGCAUAGGGGAGCCCCUGUGACCUCCACCGUGAUCAACAUCCAGCCUGAGGUCCCCCCGGUGGUCGACCACGUCGUCUGGUCUCUGUUCAACACCCUCUUCUUGAAUGUCUGCUGCCUGGGCUUCAUGGCUUUCACCUACUCCGUGAAGUCUAGGGACAGGAAGAUGGUGGGCGACAUGAUUGGGGCCCGGAGCUAUGCAUCCACUGCCAAAUGCCUGAACAUCUGCAGCCUGAUCGUGGGCCUCUUCUUCAUUGGAAUCAUCAUCAUUGCUUUGAUAGCCACCCGCAGGGAAUUUGUAGUAUGAAAGAAUGCGGAGGGAUGGAGGAUGCUAGAAUCUCGUCGCCUCGUGAUGGCCCCUCAU